AUGUCUGAAAAAACAAAAGGCGACUUUCUGGCUCCAGAGCCCACGCAGAUUGGUGAUAUUAUCGAAGGGGCUCACGAUGCCGUCUUUGGUGAGAUCACCGAGGAUGGUCCUAACUAUCGCGCUGUAGGAUGGAAGGGAACCGCUGUCCUCAUGAUGAAAACCCAAAUCGGUCUUGGUGUCCUAUCUAUCCCUGUCGCCUUUGAUGCUCUUGGCGUCGUGCCUGGUGUGAUCUGCUUGAUUGUCAUCGCGGGUAUUACGACGUGGUCCGACUACAUUAUUGGUACUUUCAAGCUGCGGCAUCGCGAAGUCUAUGGCAUUGACGACGUGGGUGAGCUAUUGAUGGGCCGACCAGGUCGUAUUCUGCUGGGUGUUGCAUUCUGUCUUUGGUGGAUCUUUGUCGCUGGCUCUGGCAUGCUAGGAAUUUCUAUCGGCCUUAACGCAGUCUCUUCUCAUGCGACGUGUACUGCAGUCUACGUUGCCGUCGCUGCCAUUGUCGCCUUCCUAUUCGCUAGUAUUCAAACUCUCGGUCGCAUCUCAUGGCUGGCUUGGGUUGGUCUCUUCUGCAUCCUGACUUCUAUCUUAAUCGUCACUGUCGCUGUCGGAAUUCAGGAUCGCCCCUCUGCCGCCCCGAAAGAUGCCGUUUGGGUCCCGGACUAUAAAAUUGUCGGUAACUCGUCGUUCAGCGAUGCUAUUUCUGCCAUCUCAACAAUCAUCUUCGCGUAUGCCGGCACACCUGCUUUCUUCUCUAUCGCAUCUGAGAUGCGCGACCCAACUCACUAUAACCGGGCCUUGAUACUCUGCCAGUCGGUCGUAACCUGCUUCUAUCUCGCUAUUGGCAUCGUCAUCUACUACUUCUGCGGGUCAUAUGUCUCCUCCCCUGCUCUCGGCUCGGCCGGUCCAGUCGUGAAGAAGGUCAGCUAUGGCUUUGCGUUGCCCGGUUUGAUUGUUAGCACAUUGCUGUUUGUCCAUAUCACUGGAAAGUACAUCUUCGUCCGCAUUCUCAAGGGCUCCCGCCAUUUGACUGCCAACACCGUCAAGCACUGGGUCAUCUGGCUCAGCUGCACCUUCGGCGUCACCGUAAUCGCCUACAUCAUCGCCAGCGCGAUUCCCGUCUUCGGUGAUCUCGUCUCGCUAGUUGGUGCCCUGCUCGGCACCCCGAUGUGCUUCCAGCCCAUGGGUGGCAUGUGGCUGUACGAUAACUGGAGCAAGGGCAAGGAUCAUCGCACUAUGAGGUGGAACCUGAUGGUCUGCUGGUCUAUUUUUGUUAUCGUGGCUGGCUUCUUUUUGAUGAUUGCAGGCACGUAUGGGUCUGUUGUGAGUAUCAUUAACAGUUACAAGGAGUCUGGGGGUUCGGCUGCCUGGUCUUGCGCCAACAAUUCAUAG